UGAUAAAGAUGAUCAGCAAGUGGAGCUAAUCAUGCAUCAUGCCACACACGCUGUAGAUCUGCGGCCUCUCGUGGUUCGCAUCGAUCCAUCCAUGGAUCUCAGCACAUGAAACCAAAGGAACCACUGCACGCGGUGCCAUGAGCCUGUGUGUGCUGGCUCAUAUAUGUAUGCAAGGGGCCAGCAGUCGACCAAAGCAGCUAGAUAUAUAGUAUCCAUGACAAACUCUUCAAGCUUGUAAUAGUCUAAUACGCAGUUUAGAACAAUGGAUUUCCUCAACAGCAGCAAUUAUUGCCCAUGGUUCCUGACCUUGUACACUGCCAACCCCACAGCAUCCUACACAGAGACGAGGAAUGAGCUCACUACGGUUCCCGCCUCCCUGAUCAUGUUCAUCCUCACUGGCCUCUUCUUCACCCUCAACCUCUUCAGUGGAAUCUCUGGUGUGAGCGCCAUCCUCGACCCCAAAGUCCGCCUCUUCCUCUCCUCAGUGCUUUCCCUCUUCCUCCCCGUCAUGUCCUACCUCUUCUCCGAGGCCAAGAACAUAGGGGGCCGGGGCUCGGAAAGUUCCACCGUUACUGGCCUCUCGCCUAGGGCCAGGCUUAUCCUAACAUGGAUGCUUCUCGUCGAGCUCCUCCGCAGGAAGGUGGACGAGAUCCGUGUGCGAGGGUACUCGAGCACCAUCCAGCGUGCUGGCCGUGUUGUGUGGCUGGGGAGCCUUGUCUUCUUCAACAUCAACGUCGUGUUCAGCAUCCUUUGGAUCCUUUGUGUCACCAGACUGUUGCAAAGAAUCGUCUUCACUGAGGUCGAGAAGCGUUCAUACGCCCAUGGCAAGAAUCCUGGUCUUAUUAACUCCUACAUGGCUCAGAUGUUACAAGAUCAUAAACACCCUCAUCAACGCUUGGGAGACCAAGAAGUUAUCCAGGGUGGACACGAGAUGUUAAAGAGAUGCAAGUACAUUGUCAUGGGCGAAGAGAAGUUGGUGAAGAAGGUCACCGCAUAUGGCUACGAACUGAAUGCUAUAACCCCAAGUGAUAGCAUCAUCACUGUCGGUAAGGUAUGGGAACUUGCCGAGAGUGACCGUCUCUUCACCGUAUUCGACCAGAACCAACGCCUCAGGAGACUCUGCCUCUCGUUUGCUCUGUUCAAGUUGCUCCGCCGAAGGUUUGAGCACCUGCGAGCAGUGACGAGCGCUGAAGAAGAAGCCCGUGACAGCCGGGACCUCAUCCUGAAAGGUCUUCACGGCAGUGGUGAAAGCACGGCGGAGGCACUGUUCCAAGUGAUGAAUGAUGAGGUCAAUUUCCUAUGUGAGUACAAUCACUCAGUCGCUCCUGUCGUUCUGGCAAGCCCCUUCUUCCUCCUAGUGAACUACUUUCUUAUCCACGUAGCUGUCUUUGGCUUUUGCCUCAUGGCCAUUAUUCUCUGUGGCAACGGAGAUGUGAGAUUCUCACUUUUUAGUGUCAUCAUUUUCAACACUGGUAUUUCCCGAGUAGGUAUAUGUUUUCUAUGGCCUUCAGCCGUCUUUGUAGCAUUAGAUUUCUUUAUCACCAUCAUUCUACUUAUCAUCUUCUUCUACGAGGAAAUAUGGGAGUUCUUCAUCUUCCUACUCUCCAACUGGUUCAUGGUGUCCUUGCUUUGCAACUACAUGACCAAACCCCAGUGGCGUGAGAGCCUCAUCUUUACUCAUGCCUUUCGUUUUCUGAUGCUGCUACGGAGCAAGACUAGAAACACCAACCUUCACUUGAAGCAGUUCUCCGUGCUGGAUCUCAGUUGGCCUCCUAUCUUAACACUGCCAGCCACACUCUCUCUGAAGGUGAAAACCGCGCUGGUGCCGAACAAUUUGAAACAAUCCAUCAUGGAAUACAUGGUGGAACAUGACCAUGGUACCAACCACUAUACCCCUCUUACCAACGGCAAGUCCGCAUUGCGAAGGAACAACCUUUUUGGUCAGCUCUCGUGGGCCUGCAACAGCAACAGUGUUGCUGAGGUCGCCCUCACUUGGCACAUUGCUACCUGCUUGCUGGAGGUGGAGUGCCCCCCUAGGAGAGCUGAAGAAGCCUCGCCGUGGAAGGUGGCGAUGAGGCUGUCCAAAUAUUGUGGUUACCUGGUGCUAUUUCACCCGGAGCUAUUGCCUGACAACCAGGAAAAUCUGGAGCUCAUUCCUGAGGAUAUAAGCGAGGAGUUGAAGAACAUACUGGGGUGUUGGGAUUACUACUUCUCGUCGAGGCGAUCACGUGUGAAGAAAAUCAUGGAGAGCAUACGGGGUGGUGACACAACAACUGAAACUACUACAGGCUGGACGGAGAUUCAAGUAGAAGCUACAGGCAAGGGUGAUCAAAACAAAGUUGUUACAAGUGGAGCGAAGCUGGGGAAGUUGCUAAUGAACGAAGCCAAUAGUAGUAAUCUGGAAACAGUGUGGAACGUUUUAGCCGACGUGUGGACGGAACUCAUAAUCUACAUUGCCGUGUCAAGCGACAAGGAGCGUGUGAAGGAUGUGUUGGUGCAUGGAGAUGAGUUGGUUACUUUGCUUUGGGUGUUGACCAUGCACACCGGCAUCUCUUCCUGCUAGCGAUGGUUAAGUUCGAGACAUACUAUUGAAGAUUAAGGAGUCUGUGCUUGAAUGGUGUGCUUUAACCUCCAGUUAUUAUUAGCUUGAUUUGUUAGUUGUUUGCUUGAGUCCAUGGGAUUUUCUAGAUUCCUAGAUUUUUGGGUCUGGAGUGUUGAUUCCUAGAUUUUGUGUUACGCAUGCUAGAGGUUUUGUAACGUUGCAAAUGGUGAUCAUGCAUCAAUUUACAGUG